ACAGUAUUUUUUUCCAUAGGUUUAAUAGCUGUCAGCACCUCCCAUCCCCGUCAAACAAGGUGCCAGGGAUGCCCCUCUGUGCUAUGAUCUAAUGCGGGGGUCAGCAACCUUUUUGAAACUUCGUGAUAAUUAUUUAUGGGGAUUUUGGUGUCACGCCCCUGCCCGCUGUAAACAUCAUUUUUGUUCUACCUAUCCACCACGGCUUUAAGCUCAAUGACCGGCGUGUAUUGGCACCCAAUAUAGUGGCGCCUGUGUCUUUAAGAGAGAAAGUAUAAAAUUUAAUGUGGAAGUGGAGGAGAGCCAGUGAGAGAGGAACGUGUGAAUUUAUCAACAUUUGUGCUUCCUUUCGCAAGCUGUGUGCCGAGGCUCCGUGCACCGGCAUGCGCCCUCUCCCAAGGCUUCUGAAGAGCACAUCCUCUCUCUCUCUCUCUCUCUCUCUCUCUCUCUCUCUCUCUCUCUCUCUCUCUCUCUCUCUCUCUUCCUCCCAUCUCCCCCUACCUCCCACCAGGGCGCUCCCUUACACACACCCAUACACACACUUACACAUUCACAUUCACACACACACACAAACACACACCGCCGGCGGGGAGCGCCGGCGCUGGACCGCGGCCAUCUCGCCACAGGGAAAGGAGUCCGAGCGAGGGCGAAGGGACAAAAGGGAAACAAAGCGGGAGUGGAGCGAGUGGAAGCCGGAGCCUGGCGCGAGGCGCAGGAGCGACCUUUACGUGGAGUGAAAAAGGAGGCGGGAACAAGGAAAGGGGAAAGGCGAUCACUGUCACGGCUGCAGUGUUCCUUGACGCAGCAUGGGCAAUGCACCAUCCCAAGCACAUGCCAGCAGGGCCUGUUAUCCCAAACAAGACCCAGAGCGCGGCGCCACUCACAUGAUCUCCACAGAUGACCUGGAGUAUCCGCGGGAGUAUCGGACGCUGGGCAACAGCGGCCGGCGCUUCUCCAAUGUGGGCCUAGUGCACACGUCGGAGCACCGGCACACGGUGACGGCGGCGCAGAGCCUGGAGGCGUUGACCAACCUACACAAGGCCGACAUGGAGCGCAAGCGGGAUGCCUUCAUGGACCACCUGAAGAGCAAAUACCAGCAGCAACAGCAGUUGCAGCAUCAGCACCACAACCCGCCGUCGCCCUCGCAGUCGCACGCCAGCAUGAGGGGAGGCUCAGAGAGGGCCGCGCGAGAACAGCAACAACCCAACUACUGGAGCUUUAAGAGCCGCAGCCCUCGCCAUUCCCAGUCCACCCAAUCGGGGCUGGCCGACCAAGCCACCAAGCUGUCCUUCGCCUCCGCCGAAUCCCUGGAGACCAUGUCCGAGGCCGACGUGCCCAUCGGCUUCAACAGGAUGAACCGCUUCCGCCAAAGCUUGCCCUUGUCGCGCUCCGCCAGCCAGAAUAAGCUACGGUCUCCAGAUGAAUAUGCAGGCGUGCUCUUCCUGCAGUACGGCGACGAGACGCGCCGUGUGCACAUCACCCACGAGCUGAGCAGCCUGGACACGCUGCACGCCCUCAUCGUGCACAUGUUCCCGCAGAAGCUGACGGCGGGCAUGCUCAAGUCGCCCAACACGGCCGUGCUGAUCAAGGACGAGGCGCGCAACGUCUUCUACGAGCUGGAGGACGUGCGCGACAUCCAGGACCGCAGCGUCAUCAAGAUCUACCGCAAGGAGCCCGUCUACGCCUCCUACCCGGCCGCCGUCCACCUGGCCAACGGGGACCUGCGGAGGGAGAUGGUGUACUCAUCCCGUGACUCUUCCCCGACUCGCCGCCUAAACACUCUCCCCUCGUCGUCGGGCUCCUCGGGCUCGCCGUCCCGCUCGCGCCUCUCCUACAGCGGCGGCCGCCCGCCUUCCUUCGCCGGGUCCCACGGGCCCCACGAGCAGGCCCGCCACCCUCACCACGCCGCGGUGGCAGCCGCCCACGUGGCCAACGCGGCCCUCUCGCCCUCACCCAGCGCCAUCCUGGAGCGGCGGGACGUCAAGCCGGACGAGGAGGUCUCGGCGAAGAACUUGGCUCUGAUGAAGAAUGAGUCCCUCUACGCCGACCCCUACAGCUUGAUGCACGAGGGCCGCCUCAGCAUUGCCUCCACGCAAUCCCUGGCGACCAUCGGAGACCCUUUCAGUUUCCCCGUGUCCUCGGGCUUGUACCGCCGCGGGUCUGUGCGCUCCCUCAGCACGUAUUCCGCCGCUGCCCUGCAGGGGGAGCUGGACGAUUCUCUCUACAAGCCCGGCGGGUCCUUAUACUCCGACACGUACUCAGCCACACUGGGCAUGGGCUUCCGCAUGCCGCCGUCGUCCCCGCAGAAGAUCCCCGACAUGCACUUGCGGGACAGAGACUCGUACUCGGGCUCGCCCAACCGGGCUUCGCCCGUCAGGCAAAACUUUCGGAAGGACUCGACGUCCUCCGUGUUCAUGGACAGUCCCAAAUCCAGACCCGGUUCUGGCUCUGAGCCUCUCUGUCUCACAGCUGGACCCGGGGAGGGAGGCAGGGCCACGCCCGGCUUUGGGUCAGCGCUGUCCGGACCAGAUGCUGAUGCGAGCAGGGAUCAUCGUCUUGAGCGCAUGGAGGCCAUGGAGAAGCAGAUCGCCAGUCUGACCGGCCUGGUCCAGAGCGUCCUGACCAGAGCGCCUGACAGCGACAGCACAUGCGGCUUGCUGCGCCUCUGCAUGAUGGCGGGCUGCCCUCCGGACCAGGGAGCCGACUUCUCACGGACAUUACCUUUCUCUUCCAGCGACAAGACUGACACCAACAGCGACGGCUCUGCCACCGGAACAGGACGGCAAAAGAAGAAAGCUCACACGCCGUCGGCCCCGCUGGCGCUGAUGCCGCCACCGCCGUCCAACUCGACGCCGCUGAACAACGUCAGCCGCCUGCAGAUGCAGCUGCACCUUCACGGGCUGCAGCAGAACGCCAACGACCUGCGCAAGCAGCUCGGGCAGUUGCGCAAGACGCAGCUCGAGAACCAGGACUCCAUGCGCACGCUGCUGAAGCGUACCGAGGCCGAGCUGAACGUGCGUGUGGCCGACGCCCUCCGCAAGCAAGAGGACCCCCUGCAAAGGCAGCGCCUCCUGGUGGAGGAGGAGAGGCUCAAGUACCUCAAUGAGGAGGAGCUCAUCAUCCAGCAGCUUCAUGACCUGGAGAAGUCGGUGGAGGACAUCCAGAAGGAGUCGUCCGUCAACCACAAGCUGGUGAGCGUGCAGGAGCUGGAGGAGAAGACGGCCGUCCUCCGAAAGUUGGGCGAGACGCUCACCGAGCUCAAGAACCAGUUCCCCAGCCUUCAGAGCAAGAUGCGGGUGGUGCUCCGGGUCGAAGUGGAGGCCGUCAAGUUCCUAAAGGAGGAGCCGCACAGGCUGGACGCCCUGCUGAAACGCUGCAAGACCAUCACGGAUACCCUCAAUGCCAUGCGCAAGUAUGCAACGGGGGGCGAGAGAAAGAAACACGAGGACUUCUCAUCGUCCAAGCACAACGAGGAUAUGAGGAAGUUCCCGGAUUUUGACCUCCCCACCAGCCCGCCCCUCGCCAUCAACGACCUCGGGGGAGGAAACAGCCUGUCCAACUGGAGCCCGCACACCAGCCUCGCCCGCCGCCACCAUGGGAACCCGGCAGGACAGCAUAAGGACAAUCAUCCGCCCGUCCCUCACAAGGGCAAAGCCCUGGAGGAGCUGGAACGCCGCAACGCUGCCGAUAAGGCGUUGUCUGUCGAGGUUCGCCUGGCUGCCGAGCGGGACUGGGAGGAGAAGCGGGCCAGCCUGACCCAGUACAGCGCUCAAGACAUCAACCGGCUGCUGGAGGAGACGCAGGCCGAGCUCAUGAAGGCCAUACCCGACCUGGACUUUGCCGCCAAGCAGAUCAAACCCUCCUCCAGUACGACGUCCUCGCAGGCUCCCCAGACGCCUCAGAGCGGAACGGCCACGCCCGAGCACCGCACCGUCAACAACAAGCCCCUGCAGAAGAAGGAAAGCGGAUCCAGACUAGGAUCUGAUGAGCUGACGGUGCCCCGCUACCGCACAGAGAAACCCUCCAAGUCCCCUCCGCCGCCUCCACCCAGACGCAGCUUCCCUUCUUCUCCGGGCUUGAUCACCCGCAGCGGGGAGCCCCUCAUUCCUGGGAAGAGCGUCAAGAAGUCCGACUCUGAGGAGGUGGAGAGCCAGAAGCCUCACGUGAAGUUAAGGAGGACGGUGUCGGAAAACCCUCGUCCGGCGUCCACGCCGCCGACGCUGUCCGGAGACAAGGCAGAUGCAGAGCAGGAGAAAAGUUCUGCCCAGUCAGAGGGCAGACCUUUGUGUUACGUUCCACACAUCAUGUUGACCCAGUGUCCCGUCCGAGAUGCGCCCCGUUGUUCCGUGACACCGAGCGCUUCGCCUCGUCGGCGCGAGCUGGAGUCGCAGCAUUCCCCGGGGGAAGACGUCAAACAGGAAGUGACUUUGCUCCUGACCGAGUCGGAGAUCAGGGCACUUUCGCCUUUCGAGGCCCACGAGCUGAGCGGCGCCAUGGGAGUCAUUUUGCAAACGCGCACCAUCUCCAAGCACACCGAGGCGCUCUCGGAGACGCACUUGAGCGAGCGGCCUCUGCUGCUUCUUUUCAGAGAGGAGGCCACGCUCAAGGAGGCCUACGGGCUCCUGCUUUCGAUUUUGGAGGCAUUGCCGCUGCAGCCCAAACCCAGAAUAAGAUCCUCCCCCAGUCAGCAGAGCUCUCUGGUGAUGGCUCUGAGGAGAGGGAUAGAAACGGGGGACAUGGUUCUAAAACUCCAACCGAGCCCCGACAGUAGGACUCCCGAUGGAGAUGCAAGUCUUUCGACAUCAGACCUGGCCUCCGUACAGUCCAAACCAGGAGAAAACUUCUGCCAGACGACCUACAAGAGGCUGGACAGUUUGGAGGAGACCAUUCGAGAGUUGGAGAUCACGUUACAGGAGUUCGGCGGCGGUUCCCGUGCCGAGGUUGUUGACGCCAAAACGAGCAAGAAACCGCCGGUCCCACCCAAGCCCUCAACAUCGAGACAGGGAGGGAACAGCGCCCUGUGCAAGGUCCCGCCAACUCCGGCCUCCAAGCUGAAGCAGCUGCAACAGCAGAACAGCACAGACAAGUUCAAAGGUGGCAAGAGGGAGGACUUCCUGAAGACCCAGCAGCAGGGAGCCGCGGGCGUUGAGUCGGGGAUCCGCCGCAGGAGGGCGGAGGGCCCCACGCUGAGGGCGUCGCCCGGCCAGGCCAAGGCACUGCUGGCCAGCCUGUCGGCCGCCGGCCUAAGCGCCGAGGCCCUGCUGCUGUCUUCCGCCCUGCGACAGCACCGCCUCCUCCGCGAACAGCAGCAGCAGCAACGGGCGUCCGCGUCCUCCCUGCCCUCGCCCAGCAGUCGCUCGCCCUCGCCCGCCUCCUCCUCGUCGCAGACGCCCACCGCCACCUUGUCCUCGUCCUCCUCGCCCACCACGCCCGUCCUGUCGCCCUGCUCGCCUACGUCGCUCAAGGCUAGUCUGGAGGGCCUCAGCAAGAAUACACGGUAACAGUGAAAGUGUCCCACGUGGACCAAUCUCAUGUGGUUCUGGAGGUCCAUGAAGGGAAUUCUCCCUCCAAAGCACAAAACUGGAGCCUUCCUGGUGAUCCCACCUGGUAUAAGCUGAUCCCGUUUUAAAACGUAGAGUUGCAAUAAUCGUCACCACGUGAGUCCACUCCGUAUACGCGUGCAUUUCAAUAAAAUGGGAUAUGGUGGAAAUCAAGCUCCAACUGCUUUUAAUGCUGAUUGGGAUCGAUUACCUCUUUAUCUAUAUGAUAAUAUUACGUCAAGAAACAAUGGAAUAAAAUAUAGAUUAACUAUAGAAAUUAAGGAAGGAUUAGAAGAAAUAUUUUCCGGUGUUUUUAAGGAAUCUGUAUCAUACAGAACAGGGAUGGGCAACUAGUAGAAAAAAAUUAAGAAAAUGUUUUGUUUUUUUUUUUGUUUGUUUUUUUUACAAACCGAAAUGAAUCUUCUUAAUUUGCUUAUAAACAUUCAAUAUAUAUUUUCCACUAAUAAUGAGGAGUGAUUGGGGGUGAUGAUCAAUUAUACGCAAAAAAAAAAAAAAAAAUCUACAAGUGUGUGAAUACGCUAGUGGUCGACUGUAGUAUUUUUUUUGCGGGUUUGAAAUGAUAAACAUCGUACCUCAGUUAUAUAAAAAAUUUGAGUGAGCUGUUUUUUGUGAAAAAAAAAAAAAUUAAAUUAGUUCUUGCACGUAAUGUUGGUUUCUUGUGAAGCAGGUUUGUGCUGACCUCGAAUGGUAAUUUUUCACCCCAUUGGUUGGGUUAGGAUCGAGGCUCUUGAAAAAUGUAUUCUUCAAAAUGAAAUGUUUACAGCACAUAUUUUGCACAUAUGCACAUAUUUUGUCCAUUUUUAAACUAGCAUUUUUGUCCUACAUCUGCUUAGGAAGUGCGUGAUCUCAUGUGCCCCCCCCCCCCCCAGUAGCACUGGUGAAAAAAUUAUCUUGCCCAUCCCUGAUAUAGAGUUUUACUUUCUGAAAUAGCCCGACCUUUUCUACCACAUUCAAAUUUAUUGACAUGCGUGUGUGUUUGUGUGUAAGCGUGUGUCAUGGUAAAGCUAUCUGGUGUUUUAAUUCAAGCCGAAGUGGUGCUGUUUACAUGAUCCUCUGACGGACAAAAGUAGUUUUAAAAAAAAAAAAAAACGAAUGAUGCGUUGGAUUACGGUCCAUGAAUCUUAAUUGUUCAUCUCAACAAAACAUUGUGGAUGGUGCUAAACAUUCCACUUUGUGGGCUCAGUUUGGGAAAGUUCAUUUUUCUUUUCCCAAUGCACAAAGGCAUGUUUUUGAAUGAAUUUGUUGUAUAAGAAUUUCAGACCACCCCUGGCCCCCCCACACUUAUUUUUUUGUAAUUAUAUGUUAUUAGGCGGCAGCACAGGCAUCACACAAAGGCCAAAUAUAAUACAGCAUAUUUAUAAUGUAACAAAGACUCCUCUCUAGAAAUGUUGAUUUGUGCAAUCUGAUGUUAACAUUUUGACAAUCACUGGCAUCACAAAAGCACCAAGCUCCCCCCAAGACAACAGGCCCUGCCUGCAUUCACACUUCAUACUGUUAACACGUCCCAAGACCCGAGUAAGCACAACUGUUGUUACCCCUUUAAAAAUAAACUUCAGUUCUAAUGUAACACCGGAAAGCAGCCUUACGAGCAGCUCAUCGUGCCGACUUUUUCCUGCCAAACAUUUGACCGACAACAAAACGUACACGAAGACUUUAAACGAGCGAGCGCUGUCGCCUCUGAAUUACAUUUUAAUGACGAAGCACAACAUGUCUUAAUUCAACACUGUGUGUAUGUGUGUGUAUACAUGUAACUCAAAUAUCCUGCUUGUGCCUCAUUUGGUUUCCAUCCGCACAGUUUGCAAGCACUGCUAGACUGCUAUCAUUUUCUCAAUCACAAAAAAACCCUUUAUAGAUCCCUGCCUAUAUGACGCCUUAACAGUUUCAUUUGAGGAACUUUUUACUUUUUUUUUUUAACAUUGUAGCCAUGAUUCUGGAGAUGAUCGUAAAACUGUUUUUCACUGAUUCACUUUUUUGGGUGUGGCUUAAAUGGAUGUCAGCGCGAGUCUCCCCUCCCCCGCUGCAUAAGAAUUUGAGCGCCUUCAUUCGCAUCUACGGUUAUCUGAGGCAAUUGCAGUGUGUAGUUAGCUAGCUAGCUAUGCUCACGCCCUAAAAAAAAAAAAACACCUUUGGACAGUAUGCUGGCUACUUUAGAGUGCCUCGUUGUCAGCCACGAGUACGCACUUAUCAUACUGAGAAAGAAAAAGCAGCGAGGAGGGGAGUUUUUUUUUUUUCCUAAGAUUUACUUGACAGAUUUACUUUGGGCUGACGUGACAGCUUUAGAGCGCCACGUUGUUAGCUGUCAUGCAGAGAAGUCCGACUUGACAGCCACGAUGUGGACCAGGGCUUUGGACUUGCGCAGCCACUUUAGAGUGCCUCACUGUGAUGGCAGUUUUUCUUCUUUUUUUCUUUUUUUCCACCGCUCAUACAAUUGUGAAUAAUUGUAAUAGCUAAAUGAAAGCAGUAAAAAUAGUAGGCAGUAAUGUCAACUUGGACCCGGCGAAA